CUUCAAUGGACAACAGAGUGGCAAGGAUGAUUCUAGACGCUUCGAGGUAUUUCUGGGUCGAGUGGCGACAGCCACGUGACAGACGGUUCGUGUCUGAUCUGGUGCAUUUAGCCUUACGACAAAGAGCCGCGCUUCCUCGAGCUCAACCCCCUCGGUCUCGUCCCGACUCUCGAGGUAAGACCCCAAAUGGAAGCAAGGGUCUGUUUGAUAGCGACGUCUUGGUGGAGUAUGUGGAGGAUCUUUAUCCCGCCAGUGUCGAGCAUCCGUACGUCCUCUGUCUUCAGUAUAUUACUGGAAUAUGGCUGAGGACGAUUGGCAGUCCUGUUUUCCCUCUUGACCCCUAUGAGAAGUCUUGGGCCAGGCUGAACCUCCAGCACAUCACCAAAAAAAUCAUCCCAGCCUACUUCAAAAUCAUCCAAGCCCAAGACCCUUCCGCCCAAUCCGUCGCUCGCGGAGAGUUCUACACCCACCUCCGGACUUAUACCGCCCGUAUCAAGGAAGGAGGACCGUACUUUGCAGGGGAGCAGUGGAUGACGGUGGAUGGGAGUUUGGCGCCGUUCGUGGGGAGAUUCUUUUUGUUGGAGGAGAGGAGAGGCUUUGAGGGGAAGGAGGUUGGGGAGAAGUGGGUGGAGUAUGCGAAGAAUAUUUUGGCGCGCGAGUCUGUCAAGAAGACUACUUCCGAGGCAAAAUACUACACCGAGCUUAUGGAAAAGUACUUUACGGACGAAGCUAACUCGCAGGUGUCGAUUGCGAUCCGUGCGGGUAAGGCUCUUCCCUAGAUUUUUGGCUCUCAUCCGAGUCUCGUCCUAUCCUCUCAUGUGGAGGCGCACAAGGACGUCUGGGAUUGUCCUAUACUUGACUAUGCAAAGUACAUUUAACCAUGCUUACAUCGACCGUACCGUAAGAGAGUAGCUGAUGGACCGUACCGUAAGAGAGUAGCUGAUGUGUAUAUACGAGCGAUGGUACGCGGCUGUUGAAUGAAGAAUUAGAGCAAUAACUUCCUGCGGAUGCGUCCAUGAUCCAAUACUGCCUCUACGCGACUUCUCAAGAACCAUCGGGGUAUUGUCACGGC